CUCUGCCCUGCCACUCACAGGAUCCUGACUGCCAGCUCAGUGCCAACACACCAACCAGCCAUAAUGUCUCAGUUCCCAGCACUCACCAACGAAAAGAAGAAGGAACUUGCCGAGAUUGCUCAGCGUAUUGUUAAAGAUGGCAGGGGAAUACUGGCAGCAGAUGAAUCUGUGGGGACCAUGGGGAGUCGCCUGAAGCGCAUUAAUGUGGAGAACACAGAGGAGAACCGUCGCCUCUUCCGAAACCUUCUCUUCACUGCUGACUCCAAACUUAACCAAAGCAUAGGAGGGGUCAUCCUUUUCCAUGAGACCCUGUACCAAAAAUCCAGUGACGGAGUCCCCUUCUCCAAAAUCCUGAAGGAUCAGGGAAUCGUUGUAGGAAUCAAG